AUGGGUUUGAGGCCUAUCCAAGAAGAUUUCCUCGGGUGUGGCCACUGUGGGUGCUAUAGCUUCUUGGAGCCACAGGCUGGUCGGGCAGCCCCGGGCCAGGAGCAGCGGGUCGCUGGGUCUCAGCGGGAGGCCCUCGUUAAUGCCGGGCUGGCUCGGGCAGGGCAGUCAGCUGGGGCCCCGCGGGGGCGCCCACCUCCAGAAGAGGUGUGGGGCCUCCCCCGCCCUCGAGAGCCCACGAGGCUUCUGUCUGGCCGUCGCCCUGCAGACUUAUUCCAGAGGUGGGAAACUGAGGCUCCUCCGAGCCCCAGGCCCGCACUUGCCUCCCCGCGGCUCCUCCGGUCUCCGGAGGUAGUGGUGACGGCCCUUCCGGGCUUGGGCUCCUGGAUCUGGCCGGGCGAAUGCUCCCCGGGCUGGUGGAACGGGGGCCUUGAGGAGGAGGAGGAGGCCGGGGGCAAUUGUGGUUGCCUAGCGACCCAGGCCCAGAAAACCUCUCGGGAGCCGUCGCCGCCGAGUCACCGGCCAGGGGUCACCUCCCCAGGCGCGUGGUCCAGCCCGGCGCCCUCAACCGCGCCGGGCCGCGGGGCCCACAUGUCCAUCUAUGGCGACGAGGUCCCGUGCACCUCCCCACGCUGCUCCCUCAGGAUGGCCGAGCCGGGCGUGUGUUCCCGGGCCUUUGUAGUGCACCUGGAAGCGGCUGAGGAAGUCGGGGACGGCGCUUGGGCCCAGGGCGCCGUGGGGAGGAUUUUGAAGAAACAGAGGAGCAACUUCAACAUAAUGGGGAAAAGAAGUUCGUUUGGUGGGAUCAGUGGCAGUCAUCUUCCAAUCUCAAACAUCCCUCAUGAGAAUUUACCCCACUGGAAUUUGGAAUCUGAUGUCUUCACUCCUGAAAGUAAAAACCCUCCACCUGGAAGGGAGAGUGCAGCAGGUGGUAAGCUGAAAAGGAGUCAUUUGGAAAUUCCAGUAGAACAACUGAUAGAACUUAGUUUGUCAGAGAACUCACAGAAAAAAUCACAGAACAAAAGUAAACCAGGGAUGUUUCAAUUCUGGAGCUACCCUCAUAAUGAAGCAAUAACUAUGGAGAAUAGGGAUUUCCAAAAAUCUUCAAUGGAAACUGGCUUUAAUGUAAAUAAUAAUCCUCUAAGGCUCUUCACUCUGAACCACUCACUAACAGGUGCUUCAGUUGACAAACAAACUGGUUCUUACCCUGGAUUGCAACAACAGAUGCCAUUAAGUCUCUGCUGGCCUUAUGCUGAUGGAGACUUUUGUAAAGAGAAAAGUGAGCCUCGGAGUAACUCUUAUUCAGCUAUAGAAAACAACAAUGGUGAAACUUUAUCUGCUUCAAAUUGGAAUGCAAAAUAUGGGAACAGCAGCAUGGAAGAAAAUCUUACUGAUGAAAGUGAUUUAUCAGAAAAUGAAAAAGUAAAUGAUACAUUACUCACUUACUUUAAAAAAAUGGACCUGAACUUAAAGCCAGAAGUAAUAGAAGACUUUGAAGAAUCUUUCUUGGAACAGCCAAGUGAAGUAUUUUCAUAUCCUGAUUUCCUCCCUCCACCUUUUAAUACUCUAGACUUGCACAAACUGGCCUUCUCAAAAUCUGAGAAUUGGAAAGUGGCAUUAGAUCCUAUGGAAAGCUCCAUUGAGCAGUUGAUAGGUCGUUUAUUGGAGAUGGAAAGAAUACAACAUCUGACCAUACAAAAAGAGAGGCCAAAGAUACCAAUCAGCUGCUCUACUCAAGUCAUUACUGAACGCCCCAGUUCAUCCAAAGGCUCAUCCAAACAGAAGCCAUCAAGAUAUCCUGAAUUUCUGUGCCUUCAGACAGCAUGUAUAGAUAAAAGUAGAGAAAAAACAAAAAACAACUCUAAUUCUUGCAAACUUGAGCAGAAUACUUCAAAAUGCAGUUGGAACAAUGCUGGUAAACAUAAGAGGAAUUCCAGACCACCAUCUAUCAGAAGCUCUUCUACCACAAAACAAAUCAUCGCUACUUACGAUGACUUUAAAAUUUCCAAAGGUUCCUCUUUAAAUCCAUGCCAUGAAGUUUCAUCCAGACCUACUUCAAGCCACUCCAUUGCUCAAACUCAUCCAUUGGUUAAAAUGGUUUCAACAAGAUGUCUGCAGCCAAAGUCUUCAAUACCUCUAUCAUCCCUAUCUCUUUGUUUGCCUGAGGCACAAGAAAGUAAACCAUCCAGAAGCAAAAAGAAACUUUGUCGGAAAAAUAUAACUGUAAAUAGACCACUCCAUGUUCAGAAGAGGCAAUGUUUAUCUCCUUCAUUUACAGCUAAAUGUGAAAAGUGCUCACACAUUGACCAAAAAUAACCUUUUUUUUUCUGUCUUAAUUCUCACUGGGAUUAAACCUAGCCCACCAAACGAGUUGAAAUCUGAUUUAUCACUCCCAGUUAACAGGUAUUUCAAAACAAAACAAAAAACCCUAAAGAUUACUUGAAGUUAUGUGAAAUAAAUCUUGUGAAAAUUCCUACUUUGUACUUCAUAUAAAUCUGGGAGUUUUUAUGAUGAUGACAGAUUUGAUAAAUCUUUUGUGUUUCGUCACCAAGAAACAUUUUCACUAAGUAAACCAAAUUUUAAAGACUGUCCAUUUGUUGUGACUCUUUUCCAGUGUAAUUACAUCAAACAUCAAU